GAUAUUAGCUAAUAAAUAUUUGGUGCUUUUACCACAUAACUAUAAAACUGCUGAUAAAGUGCUUAUUGUAGAAUCGGGUCAUUUUUCCCAACGCUUCACGAGACAGGAGGGUGUCGUUAAGAUCCGCUUCUACUCGGUAGUUUCCGCCUUUCUCCGUGCGCACUUCGUUCAUUUCCGGUCAGUGUCGCCAUCUGCUUUCUCGUCCUUCUCCAAUCUCCGUGUUGUUGUUCCCGGUGACGCGGCGGAGGUGUAGCCUGACGCGGGCUCUUACGUGUCGGCCAGAAUAAAAGUGGGGCUCCGGAGGCCUGGGAGUGACGAAGAGAGUCUGUAUCGCUCAGCCAAUGAAGAUGGAAUCAGCAGUGGAGGCUCAGCAGGGGGCGGAGACUGCAGCGACUGAGACGGAGAACCAGCAGAUCACCCCUGCACAGAUCGCUACUUUGGCACAGGUAUCCAUGACAACAGGCCACGCCUCAGCAACAGGUCCCACGGUAACACUGGUUCAGCUUCCCAACGGACAGACGGUUCAAGUCCACGGUGUCAUCCAGGCUGCACAGCCGUCUGUUAUCCAGUCCCCACAGGUCCAGGCUGUACAGAUUUCCACUAUAGCAGAAAGUGAGGAUUCUCAGGAGUCAGUAGACAGUGUGACCGACUCUCAGAAACGCAGAGAGAUUCUGUCACGACGCCCCUCAUACAGGAAAAUCCUGAACGACCUUUCAUCCGACGCACCGGCUGUCCCUCGCAUCGAGGAGGAAAAGACUGAGGAGGAUUCAUCCGCUGCUGCUGCCACACCUGCAAUUACCACCGUUACUGUCCCCACACCCAUCUACCAGACCAGCAGUGGCCAAUACAUUGCAAUCACACAGGGUGGGGCCAUUCAGCUGGCUAAUAACGGUACAGAUGGAGUUCAGGGCCUUCAAACUCUGACCAUGACCAAUGCAGCAGCAGCCCAGCCUGGAGCCACCAUCCUCCAGUAUGCACAGACCAGCGAUGGCCAACAGAUACUGGUUCCCAGUAACCAGGUCGUGGUCCAAGCUGCCUCCGGUGACGUCCAGGCCUAUCAGAUCCGAGCAGCCCCAGCCAGCACCAUCGCCCCGGGCGUGGUCAUGGCUUCUUCCCCUGCUCUCCCCACUCAGGGUGCCACAGAAGAGGUCACCCGCAAACGGGAGGUCCGUCUCAUGAAGAACAGAGAGGCAGCCCGUGAAUGCCGCAGGAAGAAGAAGGAGUAUGUAAAAUGUCUGGAGAACAGAGUUGCUGUGCUGGAGAACCAAAACAAGACACUAAUUGAAGAACUUAAAGCCCUUAAAGACCUUUACUGCCAUAAAUCUGAGUAGUUCCAGUCUUGAACACCGAGCCUGGGCCAAGUAGCAUUUCAGUUUCUUUCAAAUACUUUGACUGUUUGACUUUGCCCGCCUGGCCUUCCAGUUUACACACAGCUGGCUCUUUUUGACGAUGUCACCCUAAACUCCAUUCUCUUCAAUAGGCUUUCAGUAUAAUAAUUUAAAAUAAUCACAUUUAUUUGGACAAGUACACAGAGAACGCAGUGUAAUCUUGAUUGACGAUAGGUGGCAAAUGCAAAACGAAAUGGUAGCUACAACAUUGUCGAAAGGAUAAAAUCAGCUGAGCUGUUGCUCUGUGGACCUGCUUGUCCUAUAGUCCUAAUUUUGGCAGUUAUCCAUUUAAGUUGACAUAGUUUUGUAGUCAUCACAGUCAUUAAAGAGAUGCUUCACUGGAAGACAUUUGAAAAGAGUGCAGUGAUGCUAAGGAAGUACUGUCCUUGGUUUAUUUUGACCACUUGACCUCUUUUUGUUGUUCUAGCAAACAAAAUGGUGAACUUCCAGGCCAACCAGCUCGUUCAGUUGGUUCAUAAUUACUUAAACCUUAAGUUUUUUUUGUUGCAUUAACAUUUACCUGUUUAUUUAAACAGUUUAAAAGAGAUGUUAUUGAAACUGAAACAUAGUGAUUACUACUUUAUGUAAACAGUAAUGCCCAGCGUGUUCUUUGCAGCAUCGUCAUGGUUAACUGCAGCUUAACCUACCUUGUAGUCUGAUUUACAGCAAACAUUGAACCGUGGACCAGAAUUAUGUUCUGUUUUGCAGUUAAUAUGAAUUUAAUUUAAGAAUUUAAUACUCUGAAGUUGGGCUACAUUUUACAGUAUGUUCAGGACAUACUUCAUCCUAAUUUACAGUACAGCUAAGACUUGGACAUUAAUAUGGGGCUGUACCCGACUAAGAAUAUGUCAGUCGGCUGUUCAGUGCAACUAUUGAUUCUUUAAAAAGCAAAUUGUCAGAAAGUCAUUAACAUUGGUAAUCAAAUGCAAAAGAGUGACAGGAACAUAUUUCUGACCAUUUAAAGAUCAAUAAAAAACUGCUGCAUAUGAUGCGAGAUUUAAAUUGCCACCUAUUUAAACUGAAGUUAUAUAAUGUGGGGCCACCAUAUGGAUUUGCUGGAAUAACAAGGCAGACAGCACACUUGAAUUUCUGUUGAAACGAUGCUCUUAUAUGCCGUUUUUGUCUUCUGAGACAUGGUUACAGUCGUAAUUUACCAGCAAGUUUGAGCUUCUCUCAUCAGUUAACAGCAUAUGUUGUUACGUUUGAUGUGCGCCGAUGUGCACUACUUAAGAAUAUAUAUUUAUGCUUCCUCUAGUUUACAGUUCCUCAUUGAAAUGUUUUCCUGGUGCAUUUUUGUUAGAUUCCUAGUCCUGUUUGGAUGGAUUAACGUCGCAGAAACAGUCAGCCAGCCGCUGUGCGUUAAAGUACAAAUCUCACCACAUAUGUCUUGUCCUAGUGGAUUUUGUUGUCUUGUUCUCCUCAUUCUGUGCAGCAUUUUGCUAGAUAGUGUCAUCAGACAUACUGUAUAUAUACAUAUAUAAAUAUACAUUCAUGCAACAGGCAGUGUCACUGUUGGAGUGGGCACUCCCCCCGACCACAGGGGGGGCAUUGAGCAAAAUGCUGCUUGGCACACAAAAAGGAGAAGAUGACAACAAACUACUGGGCUGGACUUCAGUUCUAUUUUUGGAUCAGGCAAGCUCAGUCAGUUGCAGUUAAAGGCUUUGAAUGAGCUGCAUAUCUCUACUUGAUCCACAUCCUGAUGUGAACCUACUUUUCAACAAUAUGGCCACAUAUACACUAUGGGGGACUCAUGCAACUAAUUGGGCACAAACAAGUCAUUUUUUUUAAAAGUGGUUUUAAAGAUGCUACCAACUGCCUAUUACGAAGGAAGUGGAACUGUGUAUGUCAUCAGUGGACUGCCACAGUCGUGUCUGUUGAAAAUGGAUGUAUUGUCGUUUGACGGAUUGUUUUUCUGCCACUCAACAUCAGGUAGCUGACAGAACUGCUGUUAAAAUAUGAUAAUUGCCAGGCUGGGCACAGUUUUAAAGAAAGAUUGUUGUUUUUAUGACCUAAAUUCUCAUUUUUUAUAGUUUUGGCCAUCUAUGCUAUUUGUUAGGUAGAGUCAGGCAUCGACGUUAGGGGUCAUUUUAUCUAAAUCAAAUUAUUUGGCAGUGAAAACAAACCUGAAUAUUAAAACUGAAUGGUAGGAACAGAAAUCAAAAGAAAACUUUGGAAGAUUAGUUAGUGAUUCAGCUUUUACUGUCUGUACUUAAGUAGUUUUUCAAGGCAAAAUACAAUUUUAACGUUCAUUCGGGUGUGUUAAUGGUUUAGACAACUGGGGGCUUGUUUACCAUACAGUAUCCCUAGAUAUCAGCAGUUCACUGGGUGAGUACAUUCUUGUUUUGUAACAGAUGAGACUGAACUCUAAAAGGACAGAAACAAGAUUUAGGUUGUACAAAAAUGCACAUUUGAUCAAAUCUAAUACCAGAGAUCUAGAUGUUUUCCAUGUUCGACUAAUGUUAAAUUUGAGGUCAAGCAUCAUUUUGUUGUGCCACACUAAACUGUCCGUUUGUCAUCAAACACUGGCCAUGAUCAAGGUUAUCUAUUUUCCAUGACAUUUCAUUUUUCACUGUUUUACAGUAUUGUUUGUUUUGCAGUAUCUGUUAAAUGGUGGUAAGAUAUGGACAGUGACUACAUAUGAGAAUGCACAGCUGUUAUUGGAUUAUGUAGCAGAUUGGAUUCUUUGUGAAAAGGAGGUACGGGCUACAGCAACUUGAGUUGAACUUCAAUAAUCUGUGGAGAUGUAUGUUGAAAAUAAUUCACCUGUGGUUUUUGAGAAGAUACAUGUACUUAUUUGUGGGUUUAUUUUUUUAUAUUACUGUACAUAGACUCUACAGCAUGUGUAGACCUCAUAUUUCAGUUUAUUUGAUAUGAAAAAUGUUCUUAUGGCUUGUAUGAAACCAGUUUUUCACAUUUGUAACAUAUAUCAGUGUAUUAUAGAAGACGAUGUAUGUGUGUAUUCAUGUAACCCACCAGGCCUACCACCGUCAUGGCAGCUAAGUGUAUGAGAAAAGGCCUUUGCUGGAGAGCUUUUAUUUUGGAGUGCUGUACUCUGUUUAGGACCGACAGCGUUUUUUUAGUAGAGAAGAGCAAGUCUUUUGUGAGCACUUGAGGUCCACAAUUAGUGUCAUAACAGUUCUGUUUAGUCCACAACUGCACAGCAGAGCACCAGGUGACAUCUAACUCAGCCACACCCUUGUUUUUACCUGUAGAUCUGUCUCGUUCAUCUAAGCAUUUAUCUUCCAGUUCAUCACAUGAAAGCACAAAUUUCCUUUCUAUGGAUCAUUAUGUGUUUAUUUUAUUGUAUUUAACUGCAUUUAUUUUACUACAAAGCUACAUUAAAGUUAUUAUUUCUUACUGACAAUCGUUCUAGUGGUAACUUAACCAGUCCCCACUCACAUUUCAACUGGAAACUAACCUGAGAGUCUUCUGUAAAUACAAACCUCAUAUUUUUGCUGUGAUUUUGUUAUGGAAACCCCUAAAUCUCUAAAGUUGGAGUUUUAUAACUUCCAUUUCUGAGCAGCAUUAACGUUCAUUCUUGAUGUGGGCCACAGUAGGUUCACGCAAUCAGCUAAACUCCAGGACAUUGCAUGACAAUGAAUGGAACUUGAUAACAGGUGGUCUUUAGUUUGUUUGGUUGAAAGCUCUGGAAACUAGUAAGUGGACCAUGAGUUAGCACAAGUUGAUGUGUGUGUCACACAUAAGUUUGAAAACUUUAAUCAUGGGCUGAGAGGAAAUUUAGAGGCAUUAGCGGUGGCUUGCUACGGUACAGACAAUCAGUUUGUUCUUUAAAAUACUUUUUUCUUUUGUAUUCAUUUAAAAAAAUCACCCAUUCAUGGUAGCUCUGUCAGUUUUAUUUUUCUAGUUUAAAACAUUUUGAUAUUGUACAGUAUACAGUAUGUCAUUGUAUAGAGGAUUUAAGGGUUGAAGCAGCUAAAGAAAUCACACAGCACCUCAUGCUUGAAGUAAUUCAGGAGGCUUUGAAUGAAUCAUCUCCUAUUGACCAGACAACAGGCAAGGUCAGUUUAUUUAUUUAUUUUUGUACACAAAGGCCAUUUAUAGUGCUUAACACAAACAGAUACAACCAUUAGAGUGCAUAUAGAGAUAAAACAGAUGGAAGUUAGGUUAAAACACUUACAGGACUCCACAAAGUACCAACAUGCAACUGUUGGGUCUGUACGUUUAAGGUAGUUUUGUCAGACUGGAUUCUCACAGUUCUCAAUAUAUUUCAUAAUCAACAUGUACUGUAGCUGUGCAUGUAAUCCCUGUUUCAUCUUCCUUUUACUUUUCAUAAUGUGGUUUAGAGAAAUCCAUAUAGAGAUUCAACAAAAGGCAGAAGUAAUCUUUUUAAAUGUAUUUCAUGAAAGUCUGACAAACCACACCUUUGGCCUCUCUGCUUGUAAAACUUACUUUACAGGAGAGGAAACACUUUUAAUACCAGUGCCAUUGCAAUACUGAGAUGAAACAUUUUUAAGUGUGUUCUGAAAAAGAAUUUCGCACUGUUGUAAUUCACAAAUCCAUUACUGGUGCUGAAAAAACUUUUGUAAUCUCUUUCUGUUGAUUUGAUAUAGUGAGCUCAACUUUGUGAUGUGAUUACACAAUAUGCUUCCAAUAAUACCAACAGUGUUUUCAUUUUCUGUGCCUGAAUAGUUUAUAUCUAUCAGCCUCAUUGUGCAUGAAACAGAUUGAUAUGUGUGUAAAA